GCCAGUCCGGCACGGCGCGUUGUCCCGAAUGCACGUCGAACCAUCGAUUUCCGCGUGUGCUGCCCACGUGAUCGAGCUCCAUCUCGCAACACGACACCUCUCCCCGACUCGGCCGUGCCUCGGCCGUUGCUGGUGUGCUGGUGCCCGGGUGGUGGUGUUGGGUCUCGGUCCCGCUCGUUCACGGAUUCGAGCCGCGCCAUCCAUCCACGACCAACGAGUUUCGUCUUCCCGCUCGAGCAGGGAACCACCGAUCCACGCCGAAUUAUUGAUCUCAUUUAAUCUAUCGCGGUAUUGGAUUUUCAAGAAAUUCGGUGAGAAAGAAGGCGGAUUGGACGUUAGCCUGGCGACCAGAGAAAGAGAGGGAGAGAGAAAGAGAGAGAGGAAGAAGGUUGGAGGAUCACGUGGUCGGGGAAUACUACGGUGUAUCGGCGGAUAGACCGCAGAGGGCAGAGACACGAGGCCGGUUUUUCACCGCGAUAUCUCUCCUCCAGGGAUGAAAAUUAGCGACGAAUGAAUGGGAGUGGCCAGCAUUCCGGACUGUAAAGAUCAGCGGGCCUGCCACGGAUGGAACUGUUCGUCGCCGACGAUCCAACGGAAAAUGGAUGUCGCCAAGAGUGGAACAGAGGAGUUCGUGACGGUGGUGAGCGUGGAGAGCGUUCACCCUCACCCCCCGGAGAAUUUCGUGACCGUGCUCUCGAUCGGGAGCAGUAGCGGCAGGAAAGAGGAGGGCGAGGCUGGUACGAGGUUGGCCGAGGUUGGGCCCCUCGAGGAGGAGGUGGAGGUGUACAGGCUGCCCGGGGAACGGCUGGGUUUCGGACUGAAGUUCGAAGGCGGGAACAAAACGUCGGAGAGGGUGAGGCGGCUGUUCGUCCAGAGCUGCGCGGAGCAGAGCCCUGCGAGCAGGGCGAGAUGCUCUUGGGGCACGUUGGGGGAGGGCGACGAGGUGCUCUCGAUAGACGGCGUGCCGGUCACGCACAUGACUCGGCUGGAUUGCGUGAGACGAUUGAAGGAGUCGCAGCUGGUGAUCAAGCUGGUGGUGAGGUGCAGGGGGGCGCUGCGGCCGGAGGUGGUGAGCGCGGAGAAGAAGAGUUGCCCGGAGAGGGACAAGGUGCCGCCCGAGCUGCCCUCGGCGCCCCCGCCCGUCCCCCCGCGGAAGCUGCGGCUGGCCAGGGGGCUGGCGGACGGGGAGGCGAAUCCGAACCCGGCCAAGAGAUCGUGGAACGGCGGCGGCACGAUGCCGAGCAAUUCGUCGCAGACUCAAAACGCUUCUCAAAACGGCUCCCCCGCCGCCACCGAUCGCCGAUCGUCGCCGAUCGUCGAUCGAUCGUCGAGCAAAUCGACCUCGUACGAGAGCUGCGAGUCAUCGCCGAGAAGCCCCAAGGGAUCGUCCCCCCCGAAGGAGCAACGCUCCCCGGAGCUGGCGAGAUCGGCGGUGAAACAGGAACCACCCCCGGAGGCGAUGGUGUACGUGGACGCGAGGUCGCAGUGCGGUUCGACGCACGGGAGCACGUCGGACGACACGGGCAGCUCGAUGUCGACGGUGAUCGAUCGAUUCUCGACCUCGGACCGGGUCUCGACCAUCUCGACCGCCUCCUCCGCGGCUUCGACGGCAUCCGAGCAACCGAGCGACUUCUCCCGCCUCGACCAAGAUCUCGAGCGAGCCUCGAAGCCGUCCGUCUGCCCGUUCGAGGGUAUCGACGACUAUUACUCGUCGAACCCGCCCGAUUACUUGCUCCGCCGUUUGGCGAGCUCCGAGGCCGUGACCCACGUGGAGUCGCGGGGCGAGGUGGAGAAGAUCACGGCCGUGGUGGCGCCCAACACUGUGUUGAUCGAGGAGACGAUCACGUUUCAACCGCCGUUGAGCUUCCAGGACGCGCCGUUGAGUUACGGGCACGAGGCGAGGCCCGAUCUCUUCUACGCCCCCGAUCUUGCCGCCGACUCGACCACCCAUUUCAGGCCGAUCAAGGACGACGUGGAGCUGGUCGAGCGCGUGAACAGCGUCCACGAGGGGGCGGACACCCUGGAGAGGAAACGCAAGGAAACGGACAGGACGCCGCCGCCUCUCCCCGCGAGGAACCACGUCAACAGGAUCGCGGUCAAUCGGUCGUCGAGCAACGAUCGCUCCUCCGUCGACUCGUCUACCGGUGCAAACGAGGCCCGCCAACAGGAAGCGCCUCUCCUCCCCCCGAAACCCUUGCCGAGGAGGGACGUGAAGAUCAGGAGGAAGAGACCACCCCCGCCCCCGCCCCCGCCACCCACGAUCCUCCCGAGGAUCGAGGCGAAACCCUCCUCCGCCUGCCCGUUGCCCGAGUCCCGGCAAACGAGCCUCGAGAACGAGAACGAGGACGAGAACGGGGACGGGGACGAGUUGUGCCUGGAGACGAUCGCUGCCGACCGGCUCGAGGAGGCGAGAGCGUGCCUUCUCCUCGACGAGAAGAGGGCGGAACAGGAGGGGUACGGGUCGAGGCGGCCGUUGAACGGCGACGAGAGGAGAAGGAACGAGGAGACGGACGACACCGAGUCAGUGGAGAGCUACGAGGUCGGGGAGGGGUGGAACAGGACGAACAAGGUGUUGGAGAUAAUCGAGAUAAGGAAGGCGAGGGCGUUCCCCCCCCGAAGGGUGGCCACCGUUCUCUCGGCGAGCGAGAACGGGGGGGAGGGGGAGGGGGUGGUGAGGUGCGGGGGUGGAGGGGACGGCGCGAAGGGCGAGAGGGUCGAUCCCUUCGAUUGGCGGCAGGAGGAGGCGGGAGUCGGAGACGCGGUGGACGAGUCGGACGAGGAACAGGUGACGAAGUUCAACGAGCCCGUGGACGAAUUGGGGGAGGCGGGGAGGGGGGGGGCGGUCGGGCGACGGGAGAGCGAGGAGAGCGAGGCCUCGUUCCGCUCGUGCGCCGACCUGGCCUCGGCCGAUCGCGGCCGGGAAGCGGUCACGGAGGACGAGGAUGACACGAGCGAGGAGAGCGACGAAGGGGAUUACUACUGGCAGAGCAACUUGGCCACGAUCGGCGAGGAGGAGGAGACCAACUCUCUGGAAUACGGCAUCCCGAACAAAGAGGCGGCCGAGAGCGAGGCGAUCGAAGCGGAGGGGAAAACUGAGCGACAAGAAUCGGCGGGCAAGGGAGACGCGUUCGACGCAAAUGCACGGAAUGACGGGGUAGACGACGCGAAUCGAAGCGCGAAUUUCCCAUCGUCGGAGCCGCCCGUCGAAAAUCACCACUCAGAGACGGUAAAUGGUAGGAUGGACAACUGCGGAGGCGGUCAGCGGCUGCCCCCGGACGGGGACGAGUUUCCAGCGGCCUACCAAGAGUUCGGUGGGAGCAGUGGGCAGCAGCAGCAACAGCAACAGCAGCAGCAGCAGCAACAACAACAGCAGCAACGUUUCGUGACGACGGGGAGCGCGACGGCGAGGACGUCGACGAUGAUGGCGAACGGCCGCCUCGUGUGCAACGAGAGCGAGUCGUUCAUGGUGAACGAGGGGUACAAGUUGCUGGAGGGGAACGUGGCCACCGGUAUCAUUCUGCAAUCCGAGAACAGGAUCCCGGGCCUUGUCCCGGGCGCGGAGAGCUCGCCUGUUUGCCAGGAGGUGGUUGGAAAGCUGGAGAUGGCGGGGAUCGAGAUGAUGGGCGGGAAGAUCGAGCGGGAGAACGUUGUCCGUUGUCAAGACGCGAGCAGCAACACCGUCUCCCUUUUGGCUCGAGAGGAGCCGAAGGACGACCUGGUCAAAAAGGGUACGUCCGUUUACUCGGCCACGGCCGGUUGCUACGGGAGCCAAGCUUGCGACGGAGGCGUCCUCGUGUCGGAGAAGAGGAUCGAGAUCACCGGCUAUUAUCACAAAGACGUGACGACCACAGUGAUCGAGGAGGAUCGCCACGCCGAGAAGGAUGACACGCCCCCGCCGCUACCGCUCACCGGCCCGCCCAAGAUCGACCGUUGCCCCACCUCGUACGCGGCGAGGAACGCCCCGAUCCUGGACUCGACGCCCAGAAAAUUCACGUUGAACGGCGAACUGUGGAGGCAGGACGACAAAUCCGAACGAUCCGUCAGGGACAAGAUCGCCAUGUUCUCGUCCCAAAGCAGCCUGGACGGCCCCCUCUUCCCGAACGCGAGCAUGAUCGCCGCGGCCGCGACUAACAGGAGGCUGUCCAAGUACAAGUCGACGGAGGACGUGUGCAGCGACGAGAGGCAUUGCGGCCAGAAGGAGAGGAUCUCGUUCCUCGGGGAUAGGACGCAGAGCUCGUUCGAUCUGACCGACUCGGGGAGAAGUAUUGGCCAGGAUCCGGGGAAGAGGUACAACAGGCAACGAUCGCCAUUGGCCGGCACGUUCAACGCGUUCAACGCCUCGAAAACGUUCUCGAACGUUCCACAGAGACCUGGAAGCGGCAACUCGACGACCGGUCCAAAUGGCUCGUCGACCGGCUCCUCGUUCGAGGCGUGCCCGAUACCCAAAUCGUCGGUGAAGAGUUACGUCUCGACCACGAGUACGGGUCAAAAUUCUCCGGCGAUGAAGCCGGGUAUCGCGUCGGCCGCGUUGUCCCGCGCCACGAGUUUCUCCGGUUCCUCGUCGGCGUACGGGCAUCAGGAUCGUACCUCGACGGCCGGCGAUCUCGCGCCAACGUUGGCGAUCGCAAGGACGAAUUCGUUGGCGUCCACGUUCAAGAGACCGACCGAGGACAGUUUAAGGAGGAACAGUUUGAACCAAUUGAUCGAGCAGAGGAAGAGGUCGAUCUCGAAACUGAGAGGAUUGGUGAUCCCCGAGAAGGAGACGAUAACGAUCGACGCGCCCAUCGUCGACCUACCCGAAAUCAAAUCCCGAGACUCGAUACUGUUGCAUCAGGUGUUGCCAAAGAUGAGCAUUCAGGACAAGUGGGGCUCGCAAAGUUCCUUGGCGAGCAACGCCAGCACGGCCAGCGUGCCUCUGAGGAGCGCGGCUUCUUUCAAGAUGCCAGCUCCCCAAAUACACUCAAAGUACUCGCCCGCCUUCAAAAGGAAGAGUCUGACCGUGUACGGCACGUCCUCGUCCAAUUCCUCUUCGACUAGCACCGUGAAAACUCCGUCGCCCGUCACCACCAUCUCCACGCCGCCGCUUUGCGAGCCUCCCAAGAGUUUGGAGAGCAUUUGCAGCCCGACGCGAAGCGACUACAGUUUCGAGUACGCGUCGACCGCCAGCUCGCCCGAGGGAUUGCGUGGAAACAGGCCGAGAACAGCGCAGAGGAAGGCGAGGAUGGAUUACGACGACUCGGACAACGACUCGGCCGUGAGCAGCUCGCAGAGCAGCAUAUCCCGGGGCUUCAGCCCACCCACGUCCCCUGUCCCGUCGGAACGCUCCACCAUUUCGUCCGAGAGAUCGUACGUGUCCACGGAGAACAAUUAUCAACGGCGAUCCCUGAUCAUAGACAGCCCAACCAGAAGCUACAACCAGGCGAGGGAAUCGAACGCGGACGGUUCUCAAAGAAACGGUUCCCAAAUACCUCAGAGACAAUUGAAACGAUCGAACAGUACCGACACCAAUUGCAGCACCUCCUCGACUCUCACCUCAGGCUCACAGGCGAGCGCCGAGUCACUGUCCCGACGGGUGCUCAAACCUCAGAGCGUGGAGGCUAUAAAUCGUAAGAACAUUCUGGCGAGCGCCAGAUGCCGUAGCGGCAGAGAUCUGAACGGAUCGCCACUGAUCCAAAGGAAGUUUGCCGACGACAAGGGGCGAUCGAUGAUCGGCGGUGGCGAAAACGGGGAAGAAAACGGUUAUCAGAAAAAUCGGGGGAAAAAUAACGUUUCGAGUACGAAAGACGUGGUGAAAAUCGCUUACAUCGAGGUGACGGAUCCGUUGGGAGAGGAGGAUCCUUUUCAAAAGGUGACCGAACGAUCCGAUUCGCCUUUGAAGAUGAACGUCGCUUCGCCCUCGAACAACAACGUGGCGAGGCCGUCCAAUUUCGAGGCCUCGAUCGAACCCUCGAACGAUUUGAAAAUGUGGGUUCGCACGGAGGCGAAGGCUCUGGCCAGAUCGAUCGAGGAGAAACCGAUCGAUAAAGUGGAGAAAAAGUCGGCCGAUAUCGCUGCCGCUGAUCCCGUGGACAACGAUCAGAGGAGGAACAAUAAUAAAUCCGUCGUAAUGGAGAAGCAACGGUACGGCUCGAUCGAGUUGUCCUCGCCGAGUAGACGAAUCCAGGAGAACGAAAAUGAAUCCAGAUUGACGAAGCAACCGCGUUGCUUACCUCCGAAGAAAUCUUCCGAAGAUCAGAACGAUCUAUUGACGAUACUCACGACAAAGAGCAGAUCUAGAUCGGCGAUACACGUGGACGAGGGAAGUUUUGGUCGGUCCAAAAGUCAGAUGAGUCUGGAGGAUAUCCUGGGAGCGAAGGCGGAGACGAAGUCGGCACGAGGUCAAAGCGGUGAGACGAGAACGGAAAAGAACAACGUUUUCUCGAACAGCCAGAGUAAUUUGGGAAAAUCUUUAUGGGAAUCGAGGGACAAUCGAUACAUGAGAAGAAGCUCGAGCACGUUGAACGAGUAUUGGAACGAGGAUCAUAAAUCGUUCUCAAAAGCGUCAAUAUUGGAAAAAUCAAGAUUGGCCGAGAAUAGCGCGGACGAGAUGAUGGAAGUGGAGAAAUCGAAAUCGACGUUGUCGAAAAUUCCAACAUCGAGAAAUCUCGGUCGAAGAAGCGUGAGUGUCACGGAUAUGAAGAAGGCUGUGGAGGUGAACUUUACCGGUAAUGCGCAAACGCAGAGCGUUGGAACUGGUCAUAACCGAUUUCCCAGUUUGGACAGUAGCGUGGACGAAAAUGUGUCUCCGGUUGGAAUCGAUAUGGACACGGACAGAUGUUGCAGCGAACAAUUUGGAAGUAUCAGUUCGUUGGCGAGCAGCACCAGUUUGAUCUCGCAACAGGAAUUGGCGCAGCUAGUCGAAGAGGCGAGUCUGGAAGAAACUCGAGGUGCUCACGAUGUGAUCGUUGUGUUGCUUCACAAGGAGAAUCCGACCGGUAGCGUUGGAAUCACUUUGGCCGGAGGAGCGGAUUGCGAGAUCAAGGAAAUCACUAUUCAUCGAGUUCUGGCCCAUUCCAUAGCCGACAAGGAUGGUCGUGUGCAGAGAGGGGAUAGGAUUCUGAGUAUAAAUGGAAGAAGCACGCAAGGUCUCACGCACAGAGAGAGCAUAGCGGUGCUCAAACAGCCCAGAUCGGAAGUUGUUUUGGUUGUCUCUCGAUCGAGGACGGAGGAAGGGUCUUGCAAAUUGAAAUCACGAACUGCGAGCGUCGAAACUAUCAUCGAAGAUUUGGUUUUCGAAGGAUUCGAGACGAACGAUACUGCAGAAGACACUGCGUGGGGUCCACCGUCGGUUGUAGCAGUUUACAAGGACGGAACUGGUUUGGGAUUCAGUCUCGAAGGAGGUAGAGACAGCCCCCUUGGGGACAGGCCAUUGCUGAUUAAAAAAAUAUUUACCGGAGGUGCUGCUGAAAAAACAGGUGCCUUAAAGGCAGGGGACCAGUUAUUACAAGUGAAUGGAUAUGAUGUGACACGUAUGUCAAGAAUCGAAGCGUGGUCUCUUAUGAAGAAACUACACGAUGGCGAAGUGAACCUCCUAGUCAGGCACCCUGCCACCAAAUCGUCGUAAAUGGUAGUCAAUUCCGAUAAACGUGUCGUAUGUAUAUCGUGACACCAUGGAUGCAAUACAACGAAUUUUAAACAAGUGCAAUGGUUUCAUAGAAUGCAAUUUUUAUAUUGAAUUUGAACGAUACAAUACGUGUUUGGAUGAUUCUUGUGUUCGAAAUCGGAUUUUAUUGCGAAUAUUUAGUGUAUCUUUUCAUCUACUUUCAAAAAAUAGAAUAAUCAAAUAUUUCGUUGAAAAUUUACUAUAGGAUCCAUAAAUUCUGCUUAUAUAUGUAUAUCAAGAUUAUAUCGCUAAAUAAUUAUUUGAAAAUCUCUGCGAGAAAGAAUUCUUUUUUUCGAUAUUGUGGUACUAUUGAGUACAAUGUAUAACGUCCGUUUGCAUACGUGAGGAAUAUCUUUUCUAAUCAUCUAUUAUUAGUUUGUAUUGAAGUUUGAUCUAAAGAACGUAUGUAUAAACAUGUUUUUGUUUAAUACGAUGUUAUGAAAUAAAUAGAGAAAAAUAAUUUGUAAAUAAAGAGUGGAAAAAUUCAAAAUAUAAUUAUUCUAGAAAUAUGGCAUAUAUAAUGUAAAAAAAAAGAAAGAAAUGUUAAUAUAAUGCAUCAUUAAAGUAUUUAAAUGUAGACUGACAUUCGUUUCUAGGUUCGCGUUUGUUAAAAAUCAUGCUGUGAUAUAUGUAUGUGUGUUAAUAUAAAAGUAAUAAGCAUAAUAAUAAAAAUGGCUUGUCUUUAAUAAA